AUGAACAGAAAGAAGAUUCUGUCACUUGGGAUGACCGUGGGAUGCCUUUCGUUGAGCAAGUGAGUCUUGAGGAGCGCAUGAGAACUGAUACUGAAGAGAAACCAUUCAUCUGCCCUCAAUGUGGGAAACGUUUCACGGUGAAACAGAAGCUCGACGCUCAUUUAAGGAUUCACACCGGAGAGAAACCAUUCACCUGCCCUCAGUGCGGAAAAAAUUUCACGCAACAAGGUCAGCUUAACAUUCACAUGAGAAGUCACACCGGAGAGAAACCGUUCAUCUGUCCUCAAUGUGAUAAGAGUUUCACAUCGAAACAAAGCCUUAAAAGUCACAUGAGAAUACACACCGGAGAGAAACCGUUCACCUGCCCUCAGUGUGAAAUGAGCUUCACGCAGCAAGGAUACCUUAAACGUCACAUAAGAACUCACACCGGCGAGAAACCUUUCACCUGUCCUCAAUGUGGAAAGAGUUACAAAGUCAAACAAAGCCUCGAGAGCCACUUGAGAGUUCACACUGGGGAAAAGCCGUUCAUCUGCCCUCAGUGUGGAAAGGGUUUCACAGCAAAACAGUGUCUUAAAAGUCACAUGAACAUUCACAUCGGAGAGAAACCAUUCACCUGCUCCACCUGUGGGAUGAGCUUCACGCAACAUCAAAGUCUUAAACGUCACGCGUGGACCCACACCGGAGAGAAGCCUUUCAUUUGCCCCGAGUGUGGAAAGAGCUUUGCAGUGAAACAAAGCCUCGAGAGCCACAUGAGAAUUCACACCGGAGAGAGACCUUUCACCUGCCCCGAAUGUGGAAAGAGUUGCACAGUAAAGCAAAACCUUGAGAGUCACAUGAAAACUCACACCGGAGCGAAGCCUUUCUCCUGCUCUCAGUGUGGAAAGAGAUUCACGGUGAAGCAAAGCCUCGAGAGCCACAUGAGCGUUCACUCCGGAGUGAAGCCUUUCACCUGCCCCGAGUGCGGAAAGAGUUUCACAAUGAAGCAAAAGCUGGAGAGACACAUGAAAAUCCACACCGAAGAGAAGCUUUACAUCUGCCCUUUGUGCGGGAACAGUUUCACAAUGAAGACCAACCUCGAGAGACACAUGAAAAUUCACACGGAAGAGAAGCCGUUCACCUGCUUCGUGUGUGGAAAGAGUUUCAGAAUAAAACAAAACCUCGAGAGUCACAUGAGAGUUCACACUGGCCUGAAGCCCUUCAUCUGCUGCGAAUGUGGGAAGAGCUUCACUGUGAAACAAAGCCUUGAGAGUCACAUGAAACUUCACAACGAAGCCACGGCUUUCACCUGCUCCGAGUGCGGAAAGAGUUUCACCGUCAAACAAAACCUCGAGAAUCACAUGAGAAUUCACACCGGAGAGAAACCUUUCACCUGCCCCCAGUGUGGGAAGAGCUUCACGCAACACGUACACCUUAAGCGUCACACGAGAAUUCAUUUCGACAGAGUCGGGGAACCUUCUCCGCUGUCUCCUGUGUACGCCAUCCGUCCAGAUGAAGUGAUAGCAGUCAUAGCGUACCAGGACACCAACCAGCUCUCAGAGGAGAGUGAUGUAGUCAAUCUAUUCACAACAGAGCUAAAAUCUGGAUGCAGGAGAUCUGUCAGUCUUCUCAAGUGGGAUUGUGGGGAUCUUUUUAAGCUGGUUCCAGCAUCCAGAAUAAGGCCAGCGAUCUGUGUAAUAAACAGGGUCGGACAUUUCCUGCUGAUAAAGAUGGAGCAACAUGAAAACAAUCGGACCACAGACACUCCAGAUGUGAAGAAGAAAACCUGCCAGCCCUCACCUAGACAAGAGCAGAAGAAUACAACAGAAGAUCAGAAUGACUUCAAAGAGGACCUUGUCACUUGCCAUGAAUGUGGAAUGGAUUUCUUUGAGCAAGCGAGCCUUGAACAGCACGCGAGAAUUCACACAGAACAGAAACUGUUCAUCUGCCCUCAGUGUGGAAAGAGUUUCGCCGUGCAACACAGGCUCGAGGCUCAUUUAAGGAUUCACACCGGAGAGAAACCGUUCCCCUGCUCUCAGUGCGGAAAAGGUUUCACGCAACAGGGUCACCUUAACCUUCACAUGAGAAGUCACACCGGAGAGAAACCGUUCACUUGCCCCCAAUGCCAAACCAGUUUCACGUCGAAACAAAGCCUUAAAAGUCACAUCAGAAUUCACACCGGUGAGAAACCGUUCGCCUGCUCCGAGUGCGGAAAGAGCUUCAUCACACAAGGCCACCUUAAACGGCACGUGAAAACUCACACCGGCGAGAAGCCUUUCACCUGUCCUCAAUGUGGAAAGAGUUACAAAGUGCAAGAAAGCCUCGAGAGUCACAUAAGAGUUCACACCGGAGAGAGGCCGUUCGUCUGCCCUCAGUGCGGAAAGGCUUUCACAGCGAAACAGUGCCUUAAAAGCCACAUGAACAUUCACAUCGGAGAGAAACCAUUCACCUGCUCCACCUGUGGCAUGAGCUUCACGCAACAGCAAGGUCUUACGCGACACAUGUGCACUCACACCGGAGAGAAGCCUUUCAUUUGCCCCGAGUGUGGAAAGAGCUACACGAUAAAACAACGCCUCAACAUUCACAUGAGGAUUCACUCGGGAGAGAAACUCUUUUCCUGCUCUCAGUGCAGGAAGAAUUUCACGCUGAAACUCAGCCUUGAGAGACACAUGAGAAUUCACACCGGAGCGAAGCCCUUCUCCUGCUCGCAGUGCGGAAAGAGAUUCACGGUGAAGCAAAGCCUCGAGAGCCACAUGACCAUUCACACCGGAGUGAAGCCUUACACCUGCCCCGAGUGCGGAAAGGGUUUCACGAGCAAACCAAAGCUUACCUACCACAGGAGAAACCACUCGGGAGAGAGGCCUUUUAUAUGUUCCAAGUGUGGCAAAAGUUUCACGGUGAAACAAAACCUCGAGAUUCACACGAGGAUUCACACCGGAGAGAAGCCUUUCUCCUGCUCCCAGUGCGGCAAGAGCUUCACGAUGAAACGCAACCUCGAGAUUCACAUGCGGAGCCACACCGACGAGAAGCCUUUCGCCUGCUCCCAGUGCGGAAAGAGUUACAAAGUGCAGCAAAGCCUCGAGAGUCACAUGAGGGUUCACACCGGAGAGAACCCUUACGCCUGCUCCGAGUGCGGGAAGAGCUUCACGGUCCGGCAGAACCUCGAGAACCACGUGAGGAUUCACACCGGAACGAAACCGUUCACCUGCUCCGAGUGCGGAAAGAGCUUCACGGUGAAACAAAGCCUUAGGAGUCACAUGAGAAUUCACACCGGAGAGAAACCCUUCACCUGCCCCCAGUGUCCCAAGAGCUUCACGCAGCAUCAUCACCUUAAACGCCACGUGAGGACUCACGCUGUUGAGAAGCUCAUUGAUGGAGUGGGGGCAAUCUCCACUGUCGACUGCGGACGAUCCAAAAAUAGCAGUCGGAGGAUAAGAGCGAAUGAAAGCCGACCGAUGGAAACUGAUGCAAUAAGCGGCAUCGAGCAUUUCCUGCUGAUAAAGAUGGAGCGACAUGAAAACAAUCAGACCACAGACACUCCAGAUGUGCAGAAGAAAACCUGCCAGUCCUCACAUAUGCAGGAUUGCACGAACAAAAGGCAGUAUUUGACCCCAGAAGACUGUUUAUUUAUUAGUCGGUAUAUUUUCCUGUUCCUCUCCACAGCUUCCUCCUCCCUGAUUUUUCCUUGUCCCCAUUGCUCUGUGACAUUCACUGACUUCACAUACUUGGACAAACACAUCAAAUGGUGCCAUCGAAGCGAAUACUUGGCAUGGGUGAAAAACCACAAAGUCUACAACUGCUCUAAAAUAUCCUCCGGGAUGCUCAGCUGCUCGGCGUGCCACUAUCGGUUCUUCUCUCAUAGGCAGCUGGAGACCCAUGUGCGCAAGGCCCACCUUCCUACACCCAAACCCAUCAGAAAACGCUACACCUGCCCACAGUGUGAUCGCAGCUUUGACUACAUCGGUAACCUGAAAAACCACUGCCACAGAUGCCAUGGCUUAGCCACGGAGUGCAAAGAUGGACAGAUUAGUUGUGCUAAAUGCGGUCAAAGCUUUGCUGGAGUCUGGGGUCUCGGACCACAUCGCUGCCACGAGGAUGAGAAGAAACCCAUUGUGGGUGUCGACGAACCCAUUUGCACGGACCGUGGCUAUUUGUGCCGAGACUGUGGCAAGAACUGCUCUACACUUCAAUGCCUGACGAUACACAAACGCAUUCAUACCGGCGAGAAGCCAUGCGUCUGCGAAGAUUGCGGUCGUGGAUUUCAUGAUAUGGGGAGUCUGCGGAAUCACAAAGUCAUACAUACAGGAAUCCGGCCAUACAAGUGUCUAGAAUGUGGUAAAGCGUUCGCCAGGAUGGCCCACCUCAGAUGUCAUCUGCGAACUCACACGGGCGAAAGGCCGUACCCAUGCCCCCAGUGCGGGAUGAGAUUCAGUCACCGAUCGACGCUUCGCAUCCACCAAGAUAUUCACUCCAAGGAAAAACCAUUUUCUUGCCCCGACUGUGGCAAAAUGUUCUCCGCUCUGAGGUACGUGAAGGUCCACCAAAGAGCGCACAACUCCGAGCGGAUGCUGCAGUGCAGAGAAUGUACGAAGACGUUUUCACGGGAGGACGUGCUCAAAAAACACUUGCGCAUUCACACGGGCGAGCGGCCGUACCAGUGCAAUGUCUGCACCAAGCGUUUCGUCCGCAUCUCGCACUUGAAGAACCACAUGAGAACGCACACUGGCGAGAAACCGUACCGCUGCGAGCUGUGCGGCUCCAGCUACGCCCAGUCUGGAGAUUUGACCAAACACAUGAGGAGACACACGGGGGAAAAACCCUUCGCCUGUUCUGACUGCGACCGCCGCUUCAACAACUCGGGCGACCUGAGCAAGCACAGGCGCAGUCACACGGGCCACAGACCCUACAAAUGUAUGGAGUGCGGGAAAAGUUUUCUCAUGCCUCAGCACCUGAAGUUACACAAACUAACACACACGGGCGAGAGGCCGUACAGCUGCCCGCGGUGCCUCCGCACCUUCACUCGCCCGCACCAUCUUUCUCAGCACAUGGAAAAGCACAUAUAACGAUGGAUAGCUGCUCUACUUCUGUCAAAUCUCAGUUACAUGUAGAAUGGGUGGGAAAUGUUUCCCUGGAGGGCCACUGUCCUGCAGAGUUUCUCUCCAGCUCUGAAAAAAUACCUACCUGUUUCCUGAAGACCUUAAUUACCUUGCUCUGCAGGGACACCUGCCCUCCAGGAUCAAGCUGCCCAACCCAGGAUUUAGAUAAAUGAAUUGGAAAUCAGCUCACUUCUUAAAAGUUACUGAGUCCGGAUGCAUAGUCUUCCAUUCUGGACUGCCCUUAAAGGUUUAACAUUAUAACUAUUUUGCAUGCUCAACUCCUUUGGAGAUAUCGAUUGAAUAGAAUUAAUGCCUUUCAAUUAUUUUUGUUAAUAUGGGUAGUGAAUGAAUCAUGCUUUAAAGUGUCUAUUUAAGGUACGGGUGUCAUUAGCAGUUUGGCUUGAAUUGUUAAAUCGUUUAAAGUUCAUAUUUAAUAAUUUAAAGACACUGUUGGUUCUCAAGAGUAAAUGAAGAUGAGAGUUCUACUGCUGUGGCCUAAUAAUAUUCU